AUGGGCGACGUGCUCCAGGCGCCGCACGCCGCGGGAGGAGGAGGAGGACUGGAGGAGGGGGCGGGGCCGGACCAUAACCCUAGUCCGAGCCUCAGCGGCUGCUCGGACCCCGUGUCGGUGGAGCUCUCCAUGGGCGGGGACUACUACCGCGCCUGCUGCGGCGACCCCGACCCCGACAUCCCCGAGGGGCCCAAGCUGCCGUGCGUUGGGGAAAAGGAACCUCUCUCCUCUUUAGCAGCCGAGUUUCAGUCUGGCAGCCCAAUUUUACAAGAGAAAAUUAAGUUGCUUGGCGAACAAUAUGGUGCUUUAAGACGGACACGUGGAGAUGGAAACUGCUUUUAUCGAAGCUUUAUGUUUUCCUACUUGGAACACAUCCUAGAGACACAAGACAAAGCUGAGGCUGAUCGCAUCAUGGUAAAAAUUGAGGAAUGCAAGAAGACGCUCCUGUCUCUUGGAUAUAUUGAGUUCACUUUUGAGGAUUUCUUUGCUAUAUUCAUUGAUAUGCUGGAAAGUGUUCUGCAGGGACAUGAAACUCCUAUAGGGCCUGAAGAGCUUCUAGAAAGAACCAGGGAUCCACAAGUUUCUGAUUAUGUUGUCAUGUUCUUUAGGUUUGUCACUUCUGGUGAAAUUCAAAGGAGGUCUGACUUCUUUGAACCAUUCAUAUCUGGCUUGACAAAUUCAACUGUGGUUCAGUUCUGCAAGGCUUCUGUGGAACCUAUGGGUGAGGAAAGUGACCAUGUGCACAUAAUUGCCCUAUCAGAUGCACUAGGUGUACCUAUCCGUGUUAUGUACCUAGACCGAAGCUCGUGUGAUACUGGCAAUCUGAGCGUGAAUCACCAUGAUUUCAUCCCUUCGGCCAAUGCAUCCGAGGGCGAUGCUGCGAUGACAUCUACUCCUGCUGCCGAGAAACCUUACAUCACUUUGCUCUACCGGCCUGGUCACUACGAUAUUCUCUACCCAAAGUGA